CCUCGUUUUCUGGAUGCCAAGUAUGUGUUCGAAGAGCUGGAUGUGGAACCGCAGGUCAAGGUGAACCUGCUGAAGGAGGUGGAAAAAACCAAGAAAGCCAAGGUUGUGGGUUACGAAGGGACGGAUGUGCGAAAGAUUAUCAGCGCAGUUGAGUUCCUCAAGAGUGACAAACCUCUUCAGCUUCUGGCUCAGUUAACGGAAAUCAAUUUUGCUGGAGAAGAUAACAAAACGGUUCGCAAUCAUCCCAGAACGACUGGUGAGAUACGGGAAUGCUGUAAAGAUAUUAAGGUUCUCGGGCGAAAAGACCUGAAGGAUUUGCUUCGAUGGCACAAGCUGAUCAGUGGAGAGUUGUUCCCUCAGGAGGAAAAUCAGGAUGAGGCAGCAAGUGGUAAGGGAGGAAAACUGAAGGAGAAAAUGGAAGAGGAAGCUGAAGAAACGGGAGAUGAGGAAACAGUCGAGCUUAAGAACAUGGAAAAGGAAAUUGCUACUCUGCGGAAGGAAGAAGAACAGGAUGCAAAGCGAAAGCGUAAGAAAGCCAACAAGGAACGGACCAAGUUGAAUGAAAAGAUGAACCUUAAGAUGGUCAUCAAGGGCGACGAAGGUCCCACAGAAACGGCCGAUGCUAUGAUGUUCAGUCUGAAUGCCGUCAAAAAUAAGAAAGAAAUUGACCAUUUGUUGGACUCUGCACCCGAUAUACUCGCUGAACCAAGCUAUCAUGACGAUGAUGACGAUGGACUGCCUAAGAAAAAGCAAAAAUUUGUAAAAUAUGAUAAAAAUACAAAGGGUGAUCUCUUCGAAGAUGACACCAUUCUGGGAAAGCAAUCAGAUGAUGAUAGCGAUGCGGACCUCGACAAAACCGGACUGGGUUUAGAUGAUACCGAGGAACUGGAAUUCGAACGCGAAGAUGAUGAUGAGGAAGCCGGGGAUAGCGACGACCCAGAUUCGAAAAAUCCCCUGAUCACCGAUCUAGACUACAGAGACAAAGACGAAAAACGACGCCACAAGGCACAGCUCUGGUUCGAAAAGGAAACGUUCAAAAAUGUUCUCGGUCAAGAAGAUCAAGCGCUUGAUUACGAUUUGGAUCGCCUAACAGAUAUGUAUAAAAAAUCGGGGGUAAAAAUCAUUGGUGAGGACAACGAAAAUAGGCCUUUGGGAAAGAAAGCUCGACAACGAGCACGUCACACCAAGGAAGAAAAUUCUUCAUCAGAGGAUUCCGAUUCCGAGGUAGAUGCCGAAGACGAAACCUUUGAACACAAAACAGUUGUCGAAAAGGUUGGCGGAAAAGAUGGCUUCGAAGUUGUGUCUUCGGAAAAGAAAGCAAAAAAAGUUAAACUCAGCGAGGAGGAGCUUGCUCUAGGCCAAAUGUUGGUCAGCGGCAAGAAGAGUCGCCGGGAUCUAGUGGACGCCGCCUGGAAUCGCUACAUGUUCAACGAUUCUCAUUUGCCCGAUUGGUUCAUCAAGGACGAGGAAAAAACUAUGAAGAAAUCGGCCCCAGUACCACAUGAAGUGGUGGAAACGUACAAGAAAAAUCUGGAAGAAAUAAACGUCCGCUCCAUCAAGAAGGUUAUGGAAGCCAAGGCCCGCAAGAAGAAGCACGCUGCCAAGCGAUUGGAGAAAAUCAAGAAGAAGGCCGAAACCAUUAUGGAUAACGUUGACAACACCAAUCAGGAGAAGAUUCGCCUGCUUAAAAAAUUGUACAAAAAGCAGGACGCUAAGAAGAAGGACAUCACCUACGUGGUGGCGAAGAAGAGUGGCACCAGUGGUAAGAAGGUACGCCGCCCGAAGGGUGUCGAGGGCCGCUUUAAGGUGGUGGAUCCGCGUAUGAAGAAGGACAAACGUGGCGAGGAUGCCAAGAUGCGUCGAUCGGUCAAGCGAAGCGGUAAAUCCGCUGCAAAGGCUAAAGCUUCGCGGCCCAAGGCCGGUGGUAAAGGCAAGCGGAAGUAAAUUUAGCUGAAGGAAGGCUGAGGUGAGUGCAUCAGUUUUACUUUUACAAUAACUUUAUUAUAGGGCGUUAAAAUAUAUAUUGAGAAGCAUAUAAACAAAA